AUGACCUCCGCGCCCAACAAGCAGCGCAAUGCGCACGACAGCGGUUCGCCGAGCGCCCGUCGGCCUGCCCCAGAAUCCCGCAAGAUCAAGAAGGCCAAGACGCACCACAACGACUCUAAGGCCGGCCGCAAGGUUACCCCGAAGAAUACCGCAUCCGCCACUGCUCUCCCUGCUGCGGCUCCGCCCUCCACGCUCGCCACAGACGAACACGACGUCCAGGACAUCGCGGUCGCCGACAUCACGUGCGAAGUCGAGCUGCAGCUCCUCCGCAUCGAGCAUCAUGCCGCCCAGACCGAGGUGAAGACGUACAAGGAUGAGUGCCGCACGCUCCUGUGCCGCAGCGAGGCAGCCGAGCGCAGAGCCCGUAGCGCUGAGCACAAGGUCGCUGAGGUGGAGCGCAAGCUCGGUGUCGCAGAGAAAAGGGCGAGCACGGCUGAGUUCAAGCACCGGGCGGCCGGGCGGCCGAACGCGAUGUCCUAA